AAAAAAAAAAAAAAACUUGUUCCAGCAUGAAGCGUUGAAGAAACGUCUUCAUAAACUGCCCUUGCUUGGUCUGACAUUCCACAUGUCCUGGAUCGAUUAGUAGUACUGCUUCUUUUGCAUUCCUGACCUACGAAGCAUCUAUCCUAGCUAGCGGUUUAUACGAUUAUUACCGUCGUCGCUAGUUGCAGUAUCUAAAUCAGAACCCCUGUUCCGGUCCCUUGACGCGUCCCUCAUUGUCGGCGUCUCUUCAACGAUUUGUCGGUCGCUCUCGUCUCGAUCGUUAACUUACUUGUCGUCAACUACGUCGCCGACAAUUUUUUUUUUAGGCAAUAGAACGUUCUGGGCAUAUUGUCAGCAUAACUGUCACAUGAUUGCAGACUGGCAAAAUGUCAAAUAGUGGUGGUACUUUGACUCUGCCCUCACCAACUCAUCCGCACCAUCACGUGGAUGUACAAGCAGGUCUAAGAUCAUUAAGGAGAUCACUUUCGCGUUCGCCAUCAAAAUUUGCACUCGUUCGAACUACAUCGCAGAGCAGUUCUGACCCGAGCUCUCCUUCAUCCCCGUGCAUUAGACGCGUUCAGUCCCAAUAUUUCGGACAAAACAAUUCUGUUAAUUCGCCCCCCGCAAAUCAACCACAUACACAGUCACCACUUGCAACGCCGUUUCGCCCAAACGUAAAAUUAUCAUUGCGAUCAGCGAAAAAGAGUCCAACAUCAGCUUCAUCAAAUAAAACAAUUUCUCGACAUCGAACAUCUCCAAGAAGCCCGUCUAGAAGGGCAUUAACCCAAGCUUCUGCUUCUGGUAAUUCAUAUCCGCCCUUAACGCCAAUUCCGUCACUUGCACCAGUCCCCUCUGGUCAGGAAAACCUAAAUAUUUUCCGCACGCGCAGCCCGGGUCCGCGCAAAGCUGCUGAGAGGGCCACCAAUCGACACAGUGUGCAUCUCGAUAUGUCCGAGUCCUCGCAGUUUGGGUCGCGAUUUGGCGACACAGGCAAUAGCACUACCACAACUUCUGUCACAAGCCCACUAAAACGAAGCGACGCGACAAUGAAUUUUGAUCAGACUUCUACAGGGAGCCCAAAACCCAAACGUCGCAGUUAUGGCUUGAGCGCCGAUUUUAAUGUUUAUGAUCAUGGCCCUGGCUCUCCAAGCGCCGAUGCGCAAGAUGAUUCAUCUCGAGAAUAUGACUGGACAAACUCUGUUUCCCCUAAUGUUUCCGAGCCUUCGUCAUCAUUAGCAUCUCACGCGGCAAUCCGCAGGGCUGGCUCUCUCCGAAAGUCUACUCUUCAGCAGCGAGAGCGAACAUCAUGGGGCAAACGCCAUGCUUCUCAGCAAUUAUCUCAGAAUUCUGGCGAAGUUACUACCCCUCAACGAGAGAGAACUUCGUGGGGAAGACGGGGCUCUUCGCAAUCAUCGCAGUCUCCCACCAACGAGACCAGUACGCCUAAUGGAAAAACUCGACCGCGAUUGUCUCUUGAUCACUUUAUGCCUCCACCCCCUCGAGAGAGUCCGUUCAAUACUCCAUCUCCACUGCCAAAUCCCUCUUUGCAUAUGCUCAACCAGCAAGCUCAGCAGCCACACCCAUUGUCUCGUAUUAUGACUACGUCGUCUUCCAAUUCAAGUCUUUCCAAUGACUCACCGACGCACUUUCCGGUCCCCGUUGUUGAAAAAUCGAGGGCGCCCAUGAACUUUUCCAAGAGCUUGCCAAUUGGUGGUACUAUCCGUCCCCAACAUUAUAAGCCGAGUCAUGGUAUCGCAAGCCUUUCUACCCCUGACUAUAAAAACGAGAAGCCAUAUGAGGGGGCGUUCGCAUCCACGGGCUUGGUAUCAAAGAUGGAAUACAACGCAUCAAAGUUUUCUGCUAGUGCGUACGGGGCUGUUCCCGACACACCUUGCAAGAAGCCCCUUGGUGGCUUUGCUACCUAUCCGCCUCCUCCUAUGACUGGCAAUGUCAAGGCCAGAGGUAGGCAUAUCAAAUAUACCUUUAACCGUCCACCAAGUCCUUUCGAAUCUAUGACCCCGAACCGAUCUGAGAAUCCCUUUAACGAUCAGCCUCGACCUAUGCUCUUCAACGGAUUCGGCACCCAUUCGCGAAGAGCGAGCUUAUUUAGCGUAUGUAGUGAUGAUGGGCGCAGUCCUUUGGAGAAGCUCGGUGGAAGUGAAUCUAGUAAUGAUGGAGAUUUGCCGCCGACACCCACAAAGCAGCAAACCGCGUCGCGAAGUACCAGCGGGCUGAGCCGACUGUCUACCGAAAGCCCCACGGCUAAUCGCCGUCUUCCUGCUUCCAUGUCUGGGUUUGGAUCCGGCGCAGCUUCACAGCAAGACUCUGCCGCCAGCCGUAAGUACUAUCUACCAAAGCAAUCCUGCAAUGACGGAAAAGGCGAAGGGAACAUUACCCCUAUCGAAGGGGUUGUGAACCUGCCAACACCUGCUGUUCAGGAGACGUACCCCAACCCUUGUCUCUCUUUGCCUUCAUUUAGUCGAUCUCGAGCUCAGCGUGGUUCGUUUUCUUCGCCUGCGCGGCUCGAGACACGCUCGAUGAUGACUCCUCUUGUGAAGUCCCCUACCAAAGUUCAGUUUGCUAAGACUAGCCCCGUGAUUACAGCAAGUCCUUUAGAACGGCUGGAAUUUGCAGAGAAGGCGACAACUCCCCGGACUCCGCAGGGAAACUGUGCGCCUCUCGAUGCAAGUCGUCUAUCAAUCUCAAACGCAAAUGACGGCUUCUUGUUCCCCGGCACUGGUGAUAGACAAUCAGCUUUCCCACCUGCGACUCCGACAACCCGACACGACAAUAUGCCGGCAUUCUUUGAACGUCGUGCCAUUACUCCUAUCAAUGGUAUGCAUUCCCACGACUUGGACGAGGGGCUCAUUCAGCGUUUUGGAAAGGUAGAAUUCAUAGGAAAGGGCGAAUUUUCAUAUGUGUAUAAAGUUACCGAGGCCGCACAGACUGCAAGAAUGAUUCAGCCUAGCUUCUUCAGCACUCCUACUCAUCGGGCAACUCCUCCACCGGCUACCAAGGUCUAUGCCGUGAAGAAACUUACCCUUCCGAUUCAGGGCAAUAAGGAUCGAGCUCUUCGAUUCCGUGAAGUGUCUGUAUUGGAAACCCUGAAAGGCUGCGAUCACAUCCUUCAACUUGCGAACAGCUGGGAAGAUGAUGGCUGUCUCUAUAUCCAGACCGAGUAUUGCGAAGAGGGUAGCCUUGAUGCAUUCUUAUCUUUUGUCGGCUUGAAGGGACGACUUGAUGAUUUCCGAAUUUGGAAGAUUAUGCUCGAGAUCGGCAAGGGUUUGAAGCAUAUCCACGAUGCUGGCUAUAUCCACCUCGAUUUGAAACCUGCCAAUAUCUUUAUCAACUUUGAAGGUACCUUGAAGAUUGGUGACUUCGGUUUAACGACAGCUUUGCCGAUUGAGAAAGGCCCUGAUCUAGAAGGAGACCGCGAAUAUUUGGCACCCGAGGCGCUUCGAGGAGAGAUUGGAAAGCCUACCGAUAUGUUUUCCUUUGGUCUAAUCAUGCUAGAAAUUGCAGCCAACGUCAAGCUGCCUGAGAACGGAACAACUUGGGCUGGGUUGAGAGAGGGUGACUUCUCUGAAGUUCCUGUUCUCACCCAAGACGCGGGCGCAAUCAUGCGGGAUGCUAAUGGCAUGCCGCUUGAUGAUAGUGAACGUAGCGUUGGUUUGUUUGGAGAUGACCGAGCUACUCCUGCGGGACGCCGCAGCUAUAAUUUCCGAAAUGCCACGCGCCAAUCGGCUGAUAUUUUCGGCCUCGGCCGUAAGAGCGAACUCCAGCAUCCUCCGGAUUUCAUGAAGGACCCUGAUCAUCCUAACUCCCUUGAUAUAAUUGUAAAGUCGAUGCUUACGCCGGACCCUAUGAUGCGUCCCACAGUUUCCCAGUUGCUCGAUCUGGAAGCAGCCAACUGGGUCGCAUCACGUCAACGAGCUGCCGCGACGGUCUUUGAAGGAAAUUGGGGCCCUGCGGAUGAAGUGUCUACUGCUCUCUCACUAGACACGGAGAUGACUGAUGUGUAAACGCUUUGCUCGAAGCCUUCAACUGAUCCCACGGGACUACCUGAAUCUUGCUCGGUCUGGCCUAGAACUGGAUAUGGAGUUAGUUGCAUUUGCCACAGUGGCAGGUGUUGUUUUGCCUUGCGUAUAUCGGCCGACUCUGGCUGGAUAUGUAGAGGCUGUCAUAAAGUUUCUGGCAUUUGGCCCAGGAAUAUAUCUGCGCGCAACUGGAGAUGUG